CAUAAACACAUACACACUUGUAAUUAAACUACCUAUCAAAUUAAAUAUUCCCAAUGGCAUCAUCCAUGACCAUGACCACCUCCUUUUUUGGUGGCGCCGUCGCCACAAAGCCAGCCACCGCCACCACCCGUCCCAGCCAGCUGGCGGUGAGGGCCUCGAUGGACUUGGAGAAGGCGGUGGAGAAGAGCAGCAACACGAGACGGGGCCUCGUGCUGUCAGCAGUGGGCGUAGCAGCAGCCUCGUCCGUCACAAAAGUCGCCCUGGGGAUUUCCGUCGGGUUUUCUCCGGUGAAUCCAUGUACACUGGAGAUUUUAGACAUCGCGAAAUUCGCGGUGUCGGAAUACAACAAGAACAAAAAAGCGGCAUUGGCUGUGGAGUAUGUGACAAGUGCUGAAAAAGCGACUGAUACCUCGCCGAUAUUUGUUAACACCUUCAAGCUCGGGAUCGCGGCCAAGGAUACUCGCACCGGCACCAUCGACAACUACGUCGCCGUUGUUGCCAGCGUGGUUCUGCCUCCAAAAACGGAGCUCGUUUCCUUCGAACCACUUCCUAAAUAGAUUGUGUAUUCAGUUAUUAAAGUGUGUGAAAAAACUAUCUCCAAUGUUUAA